AGGCAAUCCGCGUCCCCAUUAGCUACAGCAGCAGCAAGUAGAAAACGAGCAAGCAAGCUCAAUGCAGGGGCAGGAAAAUAAAAUGCAUUUCCUCUUCUUCUCGUCUCUGAAAAAUGCCGUCUCUAACAUCUAUUAUUUCCCGACAAAACCCAAAAGUGAUAGAAUUCCUAGAAAUAUGCAACUCUCUCAAUCAAAUCAAGCAAAUCCACGCCCAAAUGCUCGUAACCGGCCUUGUCAACAAUCCUCUGUUCCUUGGGAAAUUCAUUGCUUCUAUUUCCCUGAAACCCCCUCAAAACCUUAACUAUUCCCAUCAACUCCUCAUCCAUCAUUCCCAAACCCCACCUAACCUUUUCACCUUAAACACCAUGAUCAGGGCCCACUCCAAGGGCCCCACACCCCACCACAGCUUCCAUUUCUACCGCCAAAUCCUCCAAUCAAACCUCCCCCCUGACAACUACACCUUCACCUUCCUCGUCCGCACGUGCGCCACGGUCUCCUCACUUGGUGCCGGCCCUGCGGUACAUGGCGCUGUUAUGCGUCGUGGCUUCGGGGCCGAUGCGCAUGUCCAGAGCGGGCUGAUUCACAUGUAUGCGGAAUUGGGUUCCUUCGGCCCUGCCCAACGGCUCUUUUUGGAGAUCGCCCAUCCGGAUUUGGUGACCCAGACGGCGAUGGUGGGUGCCUGUGCAAGCUCUGGGGAUAUUGAAUUCGCACGGGAGCUGUUUGAUGAAAUGCCGCAUAGAGACCCCAUCGCAUGGAACGCAAUGAUCACAGGGUAUGCUCACCGCGGGAAGUCGAGGGAGGCCCUGCAUUUGUUCAAUUUGAUGCAAUUGGAGGGCGUGAAGGUCAACGAGGCAACGAUGGUUUUGGUCCUUUCGGCAUGCGCACACUUAGGGGCGUUGGAUCAGGGCAGGUGGGCUCACGUCUACAUAGAGAGAAAUAGACUCCAAAUGACAGUGACUCUGGGUACUGCACUCAUAGACAUGUACUCAAAGUGUGGCCACAUGACCAGAGCUAUGGAAGUCUUUUGGGGGAUGAGAGAUAGGAAUGUCUAUACGUGGAGCAGUGUCAUGAGUGGAUUAGCCAUGAAUGGUGCUGGCGAGAGAUGCCUUGAGAUAUUCUCUCUAAUGCAAGAAGAAGGAAUUUCACCAAACGAAAUCACUUUCAUCUCUAUUCUUCGCGGCUGCAGUGUGGCUGGACUGGUUGACAAGGGCCGUGAAUACUUUGACUCGAUGAGCCACAUGUACGGACUUGAACCCAGGCUUGAGCACUACGGGUGCAUGGUUGACUUGUACGGUCGAGCUGGACAGUUAACGGAAGCGGCCGACUUCAUCAACAACAUGCCUGUCAAGCCUCAUGUGGGUGCAUGGGGGGCUUUGCUCAAUGCUUGCAGAAUUCAUAGGAAUCUUGAACUGGGUGAAUUUGCAUUGAGUAAGAUUGUUGAGUUAGAGCGUGGAAAUGACGGGGCAUAUGUACUUCUGUCGAAUUUGUAUGCUGAUACUAGGAACUGGGAUGGAGUCAGCAAUGUGAGGAAGCUGAUGAAGGUGAAUGGGGUGAGGAAAGAGCCUGGCUGUAGUGUUAUAGAGGUUGGUGGUGAGAUUCACGAGUUCUUUGUGGGGAGUAAAACACACCCAAGAUAUGGAGAGAUUGAGAUGAUGUUGGAAGAGAUGUAUAGGAAGUUGAGGUUGGCAGGGUAUGUGGCCCAUACAGAGCAAGUCCUGUUUGAUAUAGAAGAAGAGGAGAAGGAGGAUGCUUUGUAUAGGCAUAGUGAGAAGGUAGCCAUUUCAUUUGGGUUGGUUAGUUUGGAUGAAGGUGUGGCCAUAAGGAUUGUGAAGAACCUUAGGGUGUGCAGGGAUUGCCAUGAUGCUACAAAGAUGAUUUCAAAGGUUUUCAAUAGGGAGAUUGUUGUGAGGGAUAGGAAUAGGUUUCACCAUUUUAAGGAUGGGGAGUGUUCUUGUAUGGAUUAUUGGUGAUAGGGUGUUCAAUUUUAUUAUAAUACCAUUUUUUACCAUUUAUUCUUUGAAGGGGAGUUUGCAUCUGAUGCAUUGUCAAUGCUAUUGCUGCAUGUGAUUUUGUAGGCAUCAUAUUACAAUGCCAGUCAUUAGUACCAAGGCCAGCCUCCACAGGCUGAGCUAGGCAGAAUGCAUUGUCAGAUGGGGAGUUUGGCUGGGGCAGCACCAUUUAAAAAUUCAUGACUUAAUCUGCAGAUUGUUGAAUAAUCUGUUCUGGAAAUGUGGAUGCGUUUUAAUACACAAGUUUGGAAUGUUUUCUUGUGAUUGUUGAAUAAUCUGAAAUGAGGAUGGAUGAUGAACACACUACUGCUGCACAACAGCAGUUUGAAUCCACACAUUCUCUAUUAGCACUCACUUUGAGGGUACAAUGUUAAAUUCCCUCUCUCAAUGCUUAGCAUGGGCUUUUUUAUUUUAUAAAUGCCUGUUAACAACUGGAGCUCGGUGCUUUUGUCUUUGAUGUGAUAUAUAUUUUCUGCA